CGCUCUGGGAUGCGGCCGCGAAGGGCCGGCAAAGACUGUAGUUUUGACUGUAGUAGGAAGUAGGUGUCUGGGAGCUUCGGGAUGGCCUUGCCAGACUCCCAAACUGAGUCGGAUCAGGAGAAGCCGGGAUUCCCCGAGCAGCCUCUCAUCCUCCCUGAGACUGAGAGGAGGCGGAACCGGCGUCCCCGGGUGCGGGUUCGGCACUGGUGGGGCCUUCCGUGCCCCUGCCCUGGCUGGGCCGGGAGGAGGAGCCGGUUGUUGUGUAGAGAAUUGUGAAUCUGUGCCUGCGUGCAGCGUCGAACACACCCACGACCUAAGGAAGGCGAUCUGUCAGAGAUAGGAGGCUGCCUACCUGUUGCCUAGUUUCCAACUUCCCAUAUCAGCAGCUGUUAUCUGUUCUACAAGAUGAGUAACAGCCACCCUCUUCGCCCCUUCACUGCAGUGGGGGAAAUUGACCAUGUGCACAUUUUGUCUGAACAUAUUGGUGCCUUGUUGAUUGGGGAAGAAUAUGGUGAUGUCACAUUUGUUGUGGAAAAGAAACGUUUUCCUGCCCACCGGGUAAUUUUAGCAGCGAGGUGCCAAUAUUUUCGAGCAUUACUGUAUGGUGGAAUGCGAGAAUCUCAGCCCGAAGCAGAAAUCCCUCUUCAAGACACCACUGCAGAAGCAUUCACAAUGCUACUUAAAUACAUCUACACUGGGCGGGCAACACUGACGGAUGAGAAGGAGGAGGUGCUGCUGGACUUUCUGAGCCUGGCUCAUAAAUAUGGAUUUCCAGAGCUGGAGGAUUCUACUUCCGAGUAUCUCUGCACCAUACUUAACAUUCAGAAUGUCUGUAUGACUUUUGAUGUUGCUAGUCUCUACUCACUUCCCAAGUUAACUUGCAUGUGCUGCAUGUUUAUGGACAGAAAUGCUCAGGAGGUGCUCUCAAGUGAAGGCUUUCUCUCUCUUUCUAAGACCGCACUUUUAAACAUCGUAUUAAGAGAUUCGUUUGCAGCUCCUGAAAAAGAUAUUUUCCUAGCCUUGUUAAACUGGUGUAAGCACAAUUCCAAGGAGAAUCAUGCUGAAAUCAUGCAGGCUGUGCGUUUACCUCUGAUGAGCCUCACGGAACUUCUGAAUGUUGUGAGGCCUUCGGGACUGCUGUCUCCUGAUGCCAUUCUGGAUGCUAUUAAAGUUCGGUCAGAGAGCCGGGAUAUGGACCUCAAUUACAGAGGCAUGCUCAUACCAGAAGAAAACAUUGCAACUAUGAAGUAUGGAGCCCAGGUUGUAAAAGGAGAGCUGAAAUCUGCCUUACUAGAUGGUGACACUCAAAAUUAUGAUUUGGACCAUGGAUUUUCGAGGCAUCCAAUUGAUGAUGACUGCCGUUCUGGCAUUGAGAUUAAGCUAGGUCAGCCGUCCAUUAUCAAUCACAUACGGAUACUACUGUGGGACCGAGAUAGCCGGUCUUAUUCAUACUUCAUUGAAGUGUCAAUGGAUGAACUUGAUUGGAUCAGGGUGAUUGAUCAUUCGCAGUAUCUAUGUCGUUCUUGGCAAAAGUUAUAUUUUCCAGCCCGUGUCUGCAGGUAUAUUCGAAUAGUUGGGACUCACAACACAGUGAACAAGAUUUUUCACAUUGUGGCUUUUGAAUGUAUGUUUACAAACAAAACCUUUACUCUUGAGAAGGGUCUGAUAGUUCCUAUGGAGAACGUUGCAACCAUUGCUGAUUGUGCCAGUGUGAUUGAAGGAGUGAGUCGGAGCCGAAACGCCUUGCUAAACGGGGACACCAAGAACUAUGACUGGGAUUCUGGCUACACGUGUCAUCAGCUAGGGAGUGGUGCGAUUGUGGUCCAGCUGGCACAGCCAUACAUGAUUGGGUCAAUACGGUUGUUGCUUUGGGACUGUGAUGAUCGCAGCUACAGCUACUACAUUGAGGUUUCCACCAAUCAGCAGCAAUGGACCAUGGUGGCUGACAGAACUAAAGUCUCCUGCAAGUCCUGGCAAUCAGUAACUUUUGAAAGACAGCCUGCCUCCUUCAUUCGAAUUGUUGGAACACACAACACAGCAAAUGAGGUGUUUCACUGUGUCCACUUUGAGUGCCCAGAGCAGCAGAACAGCCAGAAAGAGGAAAACAACGAGGAAUUGGGGGCAGGGGACACCAGCCCAGCCGGUCAGCAGCUGGAGCCCCGCGCCCUGCAGGCCCCCAGCGGCAGCUCGCUGCCCUCCAGCCCAGGCUCCAACUCUCGCUCGUCCAGCCGGCAGCACCAGUAAAGGGGGCACUGAUGUGCCGUGACUCAAUGGGCCCAGACGGCAGCAGGAACUGGCAUCCCCCUGAGCAGGGGUCUUUGUUGGCUGCCCCUCCCCCUUCCCAGACAGGAGCAGACCUGGCUGCAGACACGGACACUGAACAGGUUUGCUCCCAAGGACAGGAAGGGGCAGCUUUGUUCUCAAUUUGUUCAAAUCAGCUGGUCUCCAGGGGGAGAAAAUGGGUCUUCAAUCUUCAUCAGUCCACCGUUAACACCCUACCUCUCUCAUCUGACCCGGGCAAGGGCACAGAGGAGCAACAGACAGGCCUGUCGGGGUAAGAAAUGCCGAGUGACUCUGGCGUGAGAGCGGGUUGGGCCUUCAGUACUUUUAGGAAAUGGGUUUCCACAUCGCCCUGGCAACCGGAUGACUUUUUAAAUUUUCUUUUAGUUAUUUACCAUUUGCUGAAUCAUGUGUGUUCCUGAUCUUUUUGAAAUGCUCAAACAGCAAAUCACUCGUUUAAUCCCUUCAAUGCUGUGAUUUUCUUUCCUUAGUUUUGAAUGGGGUGGAGCAAGAGCCUGUGCCCAGCUCCUGAGUGGGGCGCAGGUGCCGCUCACUGGAAAACUCGUUUGAGGAAGUUCAGUGAAACCCACAAGGAGCAAACCCCCCUGUGGACACUGGAGCUAAUCAGCACUCGACUGCUGGGUUAUUAACCUGCCCUUCCUGAAAUGUAUCCAGCCUUCAGGAGGUUGACAAGGAAAUGGUUAUUACGGUACCUUCUAAUUUAAUGUUCAGAAGUCUGUGUGCACAAAUCUGCACCAGCUUCCAGUUGGGCUGGACCUGUCCCCAAAUUGCCUGUGUGGCCCAGGACAGCGAGGGCAGACUGCAGUGUCAGGGACACCACCCUGGCCCCUGCCAGUGUGCAGGAUUCGCUGGUGGCCGUGUUUGUCCCCCCAACCACAGUACUCGACCUGGGAUUGAAGAGAACACAGAUCUAAGGCGCUUUCCUCCUGACCCUCACUGAAAUGGUCCCGUCUGUCUCCAUCCCUGCACUCCUUUGUGUUUCUAUCAGUCUCCUCAGUGUUUGCGAUUCUGCGGUCUCCCUUGGCUGGCCGGCCGUUAGCUCCAUGCCCUGUGACCUGCUCAGAGCAGGGUUGGGACUUAAGGGGGGUCAUUUCUGGGGUCAUAAGGACACAUUGAUUGUGGGGAUACAAAGAACAAUGGGACAAUUAACUUCUCUCCUCGUGUAACUGAGUGCUGAGUGACGGAUGGAAUAGCAGGGUAGCCUCCAAUGCGGGACUCACCAGAAGUCUCCGGUGUGAGUGAGUGCAAGCCAGGGAAAGCCCAAGGGCUCCGGUCUCCCUGCCCCUUUGCUCUCUGGUCUCCACCUACCUGCCCUUUUGGGGGAUGGACCCCUGAGGGUCCGGGCAUUUGGAAAGGGGACAGAGGCUCCUAUAGCCAGUGGCAGUGCCACCCACUCAAGGUGGGUGGCCACCCUCUGCCGUCAUCCAACCCCGUGUUGCCCGUUAGCUGGAGAAGGACUGCUCAGCACUCCUUCCAGCCCUGCAUUCACUGGGCAGCCAGGGAAGUCGGAGCAAGGGUGCAGUGCAAAUGCUUUCAAAGGGUCACCUAUUGAAGGGCCUCUAUGUAAACUCUGAAGUUCCCCAUUCAGAGCGGAGCCCCGGGCUGAGGCCACACUGUGCACCAGGGGUGUGGGGUGGGCCGGCGAUGGACCUGUCAGUUCUGCUGUGCGUGCAGCACACCCCCCGCCGUCCUGGCCCAGGCGCCACAUGCUACCCAGGUGCUCAGCUUCAUGCCUGGAGGGGAACAGAGUGUGUCAGGCGCCUCCGUGCUGGACCCACAUCAGUGCCCUUCCCACCAGGCCACCUCCUCCCCAUCUCCUGGGAGUUUCCUCUGGAGUUUGCACCUUCCUGAUCUCUGCCCUAGGUAUGUCUUGAGAGAACAGUUUGUCUCCCUUGCCCUCUCCUCCAGCACUCCAGGUGCUUGCCUUAUCAGAUGAAGGAAGGAAGGGGAAACCGAGUCUGACAACGUGGUGGCACAGAGGAGCGCUGCACCAAGGUUCCACAUUCACCUUCCCCAACGCCACCAGCCUGCCUCCCGCUGCCCCCCUGGCCUGUCCGGAGGCCUUGCCCUCAUGGGAGCUGCCCCGGGCCCCAGGCCCACACUGACAGAGCUCAGCAAAUCCUGCUCUGCCUCCCUGCUGGGCCUUCUGCUUUGGGAAGCAGGUGGGGCUCUUUUUGUGCACGGGCUGGGCCAGGGCCCGCUGGCUGAGGCUGGAGACCCCGCUCAAGCUGUGGCACAGCAGACAGGCCUAGACCAAGGCCUGGAUUUUCAGGGCAUGAAGAGUGAGUGAGGAACCAUGGAAAGCCCCCAGACGACUGGCGUUCUCCAGAGCCCAGGCUGAGCCUGCAGAGGACUUCUGCCCUGCGGCUGACUGGACCAAAAUGGUCUGAAAACGUGAAGAGACCAAGGGCGCUAACCGGGGCUGAGGGUGACAAGAUGGGCUGGCUCUCAGCUGGAAGGAUUCCCAGACACCCUCAGAGUCCUCAGCCCAGGAGUGACGUGUGACUCCCUUAUCUCUGUGAGGACACCGCCUGGGUGGUGUGCGGUUCGAGGAAAGGCCAGGUGAGGCUGGACCCUCAGUGGAGAUGGACAGAGAGGUACUUGUGACCUCUGGCCCCUGACUGUGAUGCUUGUCAGUCACACACUAAAGCAACAGCUUUGUAACUGCCACCCAGAUGGAGAAAUGGAUCCCUGCCAGAACCCCACCCUUCAUCUCACAUCAUGUUUUCAUUUGCUUGCUUGCUUGUGUUUUAGGAGUAAAAAGCAAACUUCAUUAGGGCUUUUGGGGAAAGCUUUCAAAAUCGCCUUCUGGCAGCUCCUUGGAGGGUGGGUUGGGGCAGCACUGAGCAUGCUGGGCGGGGCUCCCGUGCUGGGCGGGGCUCCCGUGAUGGGCGGGGCGCGGUGCCUGCGGAGUGAGGCCGCCCCGCUGGUCCUGGAAGUCCUCAAGGCUGCAGACUGGAGACGGGGGUAAUAGUAUAACACAGCCGUCCACACAUGCUCUUGUUUUCCCGUGUUAUCACUCCUUUUACUGUUUUUGUUCUGAUUUUAAAACCAUGGGCCCAUGCUCUUUAAAUUGUCACUUUUUAAAUCUUAUUUAAUGACAAAUGCAUUAAAGUGUUUUAUUCCUAGAAUUGGGAAAAGAAAUUAUUUUCAGCAACAGUGGGAUAUGUUUGUUAGACUGAUUCUUCAGCAGAAAAAUAAAAAGCGUUUGAAUUGUGCAAAGAAUUGCUCAGUAGUCAUGCUGGCGCCCCAAUUGUUCAACUGCCGUGCGGAUGGCUCCGACCCGGUCAGCCUCGCCUCUUCUUUAAUUUAGAAGGUAACAAAGUUGUAAUCGCUUAUCCUUUCCAGAGACACAGAGGAAAAAGAAGGUAUAAUCUGUGAUAAAAAGCAGAGCAUCCUGUGUGCCAAAGCCACUUGGUAAUAAAGAGGGAAAGUUCCCCACGCAGAUUUCAAUUAAGAACCUCCCUUUGGACAGAAUAGAAAGGUGUCAAAGGGUAAAAGGAAAAUUAAAUUUGUCUCCUUCCAGUU